AUGCGUUUCGCCAUUCCCUCGCUCCUCGCCUUGACGGGCCUGCUCUCAAGCGUGUCGAACGCAGACUCCGUCCCUUUCGAACGCCUUGACAAGAACAAUUCUCUUCUCCUCAUCCUCGACCUUCAGGUCGGCCUGUACAGUCUUGCGCGCGACUUUGACGCCACACUGUAUUACAACGCAAUGCUGGCGCACUCGGCAUUGGGCAGUCUCUUUGAGGGUCCAAACGGUCCACUUCCCAGGGCGAUUCUCGAAAUGUACCCCAACGCUCCUCUGAUCCAGCGUCAAGGUGAGGUGGAUGCGUGGGACAAUGCGGAGUUUCGUGCAGCAGUAGAAGCAACGGGAAAGAAACAAAUCAUUGUAGCAGGGAUUGUCACGGAUGUCUGCACGACGUUCCUCGCGCUCUCCCUCCGCAGCGCAGGCUACAGUGUCUGGGCCAACGUCGAGGCAUCAGGCACAACAACGCCUUUCAUCCGGGAUGUCAGCAAUGAUCGAAUGGCGAGGGCCGGUGUGCAGCUUGUGAGCCUGUUUAGUAUCGUGUGCGACUUGAUGCGGGAUUGGAGGAACACGCCGGGUUCUCCCGAGGUGAUGCCAUGGUUGGCCAAGUGGUAUCCUGUCUAUGGCAUAUUGGCGCAGGCGCACGGAGAAGCGAUCUUGAAUGGAACUAUUGUGCCUGGGGAAGACGUAAUUCUGGGCGUGUGA